AUGGAGCCCUGCACCUUAAGCUAGUGCUCACAGACCUCCAGCCACCACUGCCCCCCAGCUCGGUGCCCCAGCUGGGCUGAGACCAGGAGGCGACAGCCAGCCAUGGCCCUGCUCCUGCUGCUGCUGUGGUUUGGGACUCCGGGAGCCGCAGCAUCAAGCGUGUGCGGGCACCCGAGGAUGCUGAACAGGAUGGUGGGCGGCCAGGACGCUUCGGUGGGCGAGUGGCCCUGGCAGGUCAGCAUCCAGCGCAACGGAAGCCACUUCUGCGGGGGCAGCCUCAUCACAGAGCGAUGGGUCCUCACCGCCGCGCACUGCUUCUCCAACACCUCCCAGACAUCCCUGUACCAGGUCCUGCUUGGGGCGCGGCAGCUGGUGAGGCCAGGCCCACACGCUGUGUACGCCCGGGUGAAGAGGGUGGAGAGCAACCCACUGUACCAGGGCAUGGCCUCCAGUGCCGACGUGGCCCUGGUGGAGCUGGAGGCACCGGUGACCUUCACCAACUAUAUCCUCCCCGUGUGCGUGCCUGACCCCUCGGUCGUCUUUGAGACGGGCACGAACUGCUGGGUCACCGGCUGGGGCAGCCCCAGUGAGGAAGACCGCCUGCCCAACCCGCGGGUCCUGCAGAAGCUCGCGGUGCCCAUCAUCGACACACCCAAGUGCAACCUGCUCUACAGCAAAGACACCGAGUCCGGCUUCCAGGCGAAAGCCAUCAAGGACGACAUGCUGUGUGCCGGCUUUGCCGAGGGCAAGAAGGACGCCUGCAAGGGCGACUCGGGGGGACCCCUGGUGUGCCUGGUGGGUCAGUCGUGGCUGCAGGCUGGGGUGAUCAGCUGGGGCGAGGGCUGCGCCCGCCGGAACCGCCCAGGAGUCUACAUCCGGGUCACCUCCCACCAUACUUGGAUCCAUCGGAUCAUCCCAGAACUACAAUUCCAACAGGCUGGGCUGGGUGGCCAGAAGCGGGGGCCCCGGCAGUCCUCUGUUCAGAACUCCGCGCCCUGCCCGGCAGCCCAUGCGGUCCUCUGGGUUCUUGCGGCCCUGCUCACCCUCCUUUGAGCCCCAGGACCCAUGCUGUAUGUUUGUAAAUAGCGCUCCUG